AUGGCAAUAAGAGAUAAGAUCAUGAUGCUCAUAAUAUUGGUUUUAUGGUGCUUGACAUGCAGAAACUCAAUCGCUGUUGAAGCACAGUCUACAAAUCUUCCUGCUUCAGAAGUUGAAGCUCUGAAAGAAAUAGCUGCACAAAUAGGAAAGAAAGAUUGGAACUUUAGCGUCGACCCUUGCAGCAAUGACACAAGCUGGGCCACCCCAAUAUCUGCUGCCAGGCCUCUGUUCAACAACACCGUCACCUGUAACUGCUCCUUCUCCGAUGGUGCAUGCCACGUCACUAGCAUCUUUCUUAAAGGGCAAGACCUUGCUGGGGUGCUUCCACCGUCUAUUGCAAAGUUACCCUACCUGAUCAAUGUCGAUUUCACGAGGAACUACUUCAAUGGCAGCAUACCGCAAGAAUGGGCGUCGACAAAGUUGCAGUAUCUAUCCAUUACUGUCAACAACUUGUCAGGACCAAUUCCGACCUACCUGGGAAACAUUUCCACUCUAAUUUAUCUGAGCGUAGAGAAUAACAUGUUCUCAGGAAUUGUUCCUCCUGAGCUUGGAAACUUGGUUAACUUGCAGAAUCUUAUUGUUAGUGCAAACAGUCUCACAGGAGAACUGCCGGCCGCUCUUAUGAAUCUGACUAAGUUAACAGAACUGAGGAUUAGCAGCAACAACUUCACUGGAAGAAUGCCUGACUCUUUUCAAAGUUGGAAUCAACUUCAGAAAUUAGAGAUCCAAGCUAGUGGUCUACAGGGCCCCAUUCCAUCUACCAUUUCUGUCUUGAGUAAUAUAACAGAACUGAGGAUCAGCGACUUAAACGGAGGGGGUUCAGUAUUUCCAAACUUGAGUCAUAUGACAAACUUGCAAACAUUAAUGCUCCGGAGCUGUAACUUAUCUGGACCUAUCCCUUCCGAUUUAUCAGCCAUGUCACAGUUGAAAAUAUUAGAUCUAAGCUUCAACAGAUUAGAGGGGAGCAUUCCUGAUUUUGCAGAUAUGACACUAUUGCAGUUCUUGUAUCUAACAAGCAACUUGCUUACCGGAGCUAUUCCAGACUGGAUCAAGAGCAGAGAUAAUCGCUACGAGAUAGAUGUUUCUUACAAUAAUUUUUCUGUGAGCUCUGAGCCAUCUUCUUGUACAGAAAACCUAUACUCAUUGCAUAUCAAUUGUGGUGGUAAAGCAACCACCAUUGGAGGAAUCAACUUUGAAGCCGACCAAGACCCAGGAAGUCCAGCACAUUUCGCUCCUUCAGAGCCUAGCUGGGGAUUCAGUAGCACGGGACAUUUCUGGAGUGUUAACACCACCUCUAAAGACUAUAUAGCAAAUAAUAUAUCUAUACUUGGGAUGAACAACUCUGAGUUGUACACAGAUGCACGCCUCUCUCCUCUUUCUCUAACAUAUUAUGGAAGGUGCUUUGGCAGUGGAAAUUAUACUGUGAAGCUUUACUUUUCGGAGAUUAUAAUUAGAGGCAAUAAAUCUUUUUCCAGUCUUGGAAGGCGGAUCUUUGAUAUUUAUAUUCAGGAGAAGCUAGUGUUGAAGGAUUUUGACAUUGAAAAGGAAGCCCAAGGGGUUGAUAAGCCAGUCAUCAAGGAAUUUACAGCAGUUGAGGUCAAGAAGAAAACUUUAGAGAUCCGAUUUCAUUGGUCCGGGAAAGGGACAACAGCUUCCCCAAAGAGAGGAGUAUAUGGUCCCCUUAUUUCAGCUAUCUCUAUAAAAUCAGAGUUCAAGCCUCCUCAUGAUAGCAAGACAUGGGCAUUUAUUGUGGUGGGAGCUUCGGUUUUGUGCCUCAUUCUCUUGAUUUUGAGCAUUCUUUGGUGGAGAGGCUGUCUAGAUAAGAAGACAUCAAGAGAAGAAGUUCUGAGAGGACUAGAUCUGCAAACUGGCUUUUUCACCUUCAAGCAAAUAAAAGCUGCCACUAAUAACUUUGAUCCUGUCAACAAAAUUGGGGAAGGUGGUUUUGGAUCUGUGUUCAAGGGCAUUUUACUGGAUGGUACUAUAAUUGCAGUAAAGCAAUUAUCUGCAAAAUCAAAGCAAGGAAAUCGUGAAUUUGUGAACGAAAUAGGCAUGAUUUCUGGCUUGCAGCAUCCAAAUGUCGUGAGAUUGUAUGGAUGUUGUAUUGAAGCAAAUCAAUUACUUUUGGUAUAUGAAUACAUGGAAAACAAUAGCCUUGCACAUGCUUUGUUUGGUCCGGAGAGAGGUCCACUCAAAUUGGACUGGCCUACGAGGCAGAAAAUAUGCAUAGGAAUAGCAAAGGGUCUGGCAUUUUUGCAUGACGAAUCAGCACUGAAGGUUGUACACAGAGAUAUUAAAGCUUCGAAUGUAUUACUUGACCAAGACCUUAAUGCUAAGAUCUCAGACUUUGGUCUGGCCAAGCUUGACGAAGAAGACAACACCCACAUUAGCACCAGAGUUGCUGGAACAAUAGGAUACAUGGCACCAGAAUAUGCUCUAUGGGGUUAUUUAACGUACAAAGCAGAUGUAUAUAGUUUUGGUGUUGUCGCAUUGGAAAUUGUUGUUGGAAAGAACAACAUGAAAUUUCGAGCAGAUGAGAACUUUGUAUGCGUUGUGGAUUGGGCUCUUGUUUUACAACAAAAAGGGAAGCUAAUGGAGCUGGUGGAUCCAAGGCUGGGGUCCGAUUUCAACCAGGAAGAGGCGAUUAGAAUGGUCAAGGUAGCUCUGCUAUGCACUAAUCCGGCACCAGCACUUAGGCCUACGAUGUCUGCAGUAGUGAGUAUGCUCGAAGGUCGGAGCGUUGUUCAUGAAUUGAUUAUGGAUCCAAGUAUCUAUGGGGAUGAGACGAGGUUGACAGCCUUGAGGGAUCGAUUUGAGAGAUUUGUAACAGAAGACAGCUCAUCGAGUGGAGCUCAGAGCUUCUUGCGUGCAUCAGAUGCAACAAGGAUUGAUAAUUCUGCCACUGCUACAUCUUCAGACAUUAGUCCUACUUAUUAAUGUAGACACGCAAUGUGUUACCUCGUCACUUCGAAAAUGUAAUCCAGAAAUGAAUUCAGAUGACUUCAA